ACUUGUUGUCAUAGCAACACAGAGUCAAUCCGACCUAAACUUGUGAAAGCUACUCUUCAGGGAAACCAAGGCAUGGGUAAACUACACAGAGGACUCGCUGAAUUUAAUGGAUGUGCUUCAUCCAUUCCCCCAAAGUAUCAGACAGUCAUCAUCAGUAAUGAAGAGAAGAAAGGCUUCUCCUCACAGUCCAGGAGAUUUGAAGAAUACCUGAAUGAGAGUCCAGGGCCUGGUUCAUAUCUCUCACAUUCGCCUGCUGAAUGCUGCAGUCCUUCAUUCUCUAAGAGAGGAACAGGCAGCUUUGCUUCAAAAGGUGGUCGUGUGCCCAGGAGCUUUCAGAGAUUAAGCCCAGGACCCGAUGCUUAUAACCUUCAGAUGUCUCUGCUUCACAAGCACGAUUUUAACAGGGGAGAAUCCAGAAUCUUCCGUCUGCCUUACGCACUGAAGAAGGAAAAGCCAAACAAUGAAAACCCAGCACCAAAUCAAUAUGAUGUGUCAUACCGAGCUGUGGACAAAAAUUCAACCAUUUCUGGUGAAAGUGCUUUUCGUUCCAAAACCAGACGGAGUGCCUUUGUCUCGGACAAGUUUAAAGGACCCUCUCCCUGCCACUAUAAAGUGAGUGAUGUUUUGGUCCAGAAGUCUCCUCAAGCUCUCGUCUCCUGUUUUAAAUCCAAAACUGCCCGAAUCCAGUCCCCAGUGAGAAACAAUAUCCCCGGUCCCGGCACCUACAACCCUCAUCAGCCUCCAGAGCCCGUGAAGAGAACCGUUCUGCCAAGAAGGUACUAUUUGGGAUUAUCUGCACCACCUUUGAUACCCGAAAAAGUCCCUCCUUUCCCCGGACCGGGACACUAUGACAUAGUGAACUACAAUCGUCCUGUCAAACACAUGGUGUCCAGCGCCGCCUUUCUAUCUGGGACAAACAGGCACAUGCAGGAGGUCAAAGGACAGGAUAUACCUGGUCCAGGUUUCUAUGAACCCACAGUCCUUUCCAAGACAUCAUUCCUGUAUAAUCCUGCAAAACUGUGGAUUCCAGCUUAGACAAACGUCAUUUAGUAAAACAAAUUACUGUGCAAAUAUAGAUUUUAAUAACUAUUUGUGUGUUUGUUAUUUAAAUGGUCAGUCUUAGUAAUUGAUUUUUUAUUUUUAUGUUACGUCAAGUUACUUCUGAUCUCAAGUGAAAAGAUUUUAGAAAUUGCUCUAAAUGUUUUGGAUUGUUUUGGAUUGAAAUAGAAAACUAUGUGAUCCUCUGAAUAUCCAAGAUUCAGCAAACCAAACCAAUAUAGACAUAAUUUAUUCAUUUUUCUUCGGCUUAGUUGGGGUUGCCACAGUGAAAUGAACCGCUAACUAUUCCAGCAUAUGUUUUACACAGUGGAUGCCCUUCCAGGUGCACCCCAGUACUGGGAAGCAUCCAUACACACUCAUUCACAAACACACACACACACACAUACACUACGACCAAUUUAGUUUAUUCAAUUCGCCUCUACCACAUGUCUUCGGGCUGUGGAAGCACCCGGAGGAAACCCACCCCAACAUGGAGAACAUGCAAACUCCACACAGAAUUGCCAACUGACCCAGCCGAGACUCGAGCCAGCAACCUUCUUGCUGUGACGCAACAGUGCCAACUACUGAACCACUGUAUCGCCCUAUAGACAUAAUAUUUGACCUUAUGUUUUAAUAAUAUAUUUUUUUAAAAACUACAUUAGCUUAAAUUAGUUUGUUUUUGAGCACAUUUUUUUAAAGAUACAUAUUUUAAGUAUUCAUGUGCUACUGUUUCAUAAAAUAUUGGUCUCAAAAUUGUAUUUUUUUUAGAUUUUAUUUUAUUAUGUUAUAGUUAAUCCUGUCAUUAUUGUUUUUAAAUCAAAUAAGCAAGUAAUCAAAUCACUUUUAUUCACAUCAUCAGCAGCAGGUGUGCUAUGAUGAGUGAAAAGCUUUGUUGCUGUGUAAAACAUAUGCUGGAUAAGUUAGCGGUUCAUUCCACUGUGGUGACCUCUGAUGAAUAAAAGGACUAAGCCAAAGAAAAAUGAAUGAAUGAAUGCUUCAUAAAAUAUUUGUCAUUAAAAACAUUUUUUU